GUGCGGAUUCUUGACCGUCUCCACGACAACCACAACCUGACGCAACUUACGCCCCUCCUCCAUCCAAGCCUCUCAUCUCAUUCAAGAAACAAGUGUGGAGUAAAAGCAGUGCUAUUGUGCUCUCCAGUAGAGCAGGACGCGAGGGCUGCAAGUGCCUGACAAACUACUAUGAAGGAAAGGAUCAAGAGGAUUGAUGGGUUAGGACGGCUUCGCUUCAGAGAUGAUACUGCUGGAAGAAUAGAAGCUCAGUAUCUGCAUCGUAUUUUAUAGUCCCACAGACACAACAUCCUGGUUACUGCAAGCAAAUCCAAAGGUCUACAGUAUCUUUAUUGAUCAAACAAGGCAACGGCUUCACCUGACCACUUGAUUUUCACAGUUUAUUUUCUCGACACUAACCACUUCCUCGAAAGGCCAUGGAUGCCAGCUCAAUACCUCAGAUUAAUAUCGAGGACUGUGAUGGCCUUGAGGUUGCCCCAGAUGAUCAUUUGAGAAACUUGAAAGCACUGACUGAGAAGCUCAGACUUGAGACAAGAAGGCCGUCCUAUCUUGAGUGGAAGGAACGAGUGGAAGCUCAAAGCUCCAAAGGUUUAGUCGUGUCAGAGGUCUCAUCAGAGCUGGAGAAAAGUGCUGGACUGAAGCCCAACGUCACACCUCAGAUUUCCCAAGUCACUGCAGGAAAAGCCCUGAUUUCCAGAACUCUUGGAGGGUUUGAGAAUAUUGAUGAAGCUCUUGUUUGGCUUAGAAAAGAAUUGAUGGAGAUGCGCGUCCAGGACCAGCAGUUGGCCCGCCAACUUAUGCGACUACGCGGAGACAUCAACAAACUCAAAGUGGAGCAGACGUGUCACCUGCAUCGCCGGAUGCUCAACGACGCCACCUUUGGUCUGGAGGAGCGCGAUGAGCUGUCGGAUCUUCUGUGUGAUGGACCCGUCACUCCAGGGUUCGGCCUCUCUUCACCACUGCGCCUCAUCGGUGUCACCAAGAUGAACAUCAACUCCAGACGCUUUUCCCUUUGCUAGCCAUUCAAUGAGUGACCCAACUGCAAAAGAAAAUAAUCAGGGAGUCAAAAUUGACUAUUCUGGUAUUCAGCGUUUAAGUGAAUAAUCUUAGACAACUGUUUAGGAACCCAUAAGAACUGUUUCCACAGAACAUCCUGUGCCUCUUGCUCUAUGUAUUUGUGCCAGUGAAACCUUUUCAGUUAAUCAAAUGAACUAUAGACAAUGACUUCAAAAAAAAAAUGUCUGAUCCACUAGCCAUGGUUCUAUAUGCCUUAGAAACAGUCCUUGUUGUGGUCAUGAGAUAUCAACUGGUGUCGCUUACCACACACUGCAGGCUCUGUUGCAAAACCUUGCUAUCUAUCAAAUACGCACCCUUUGAUGCGAAGACACAAAGUCUCCCGAAACACAUUGUUUUAGCCAAAUUCUAAGGCAGCAUUUGUUGCCAUAAGCUCAGUGUAGAUUGUGGAUGAAGCAUUAAAGGUGUCAUGACAUUGAUUUUUUAAUAAUUUUAAUAUGUUGCUUGAGGUUCCCUUAUAAUGUGAAUGAAGGUUUUUGUAUAAAAAAACAAAUAUGUAUGUGGAAAAAAUUCUUAUUUUCAACCCUCAUUCUGACCCUCUGCAUAAAAAUGAUCGAGUUUUGAGGAGUGGGUCCUUUAAGGCUUGUCAGUAAUCAGCCACUGUUAUGAUUGGCUAAAAUCAUUGCAUAUAAAACAGUAUCAACACAUCCUCACUACUACGUGUGAAUAAGUGCUUUUGAAAGGUCCAGUACUGCUUCGUCUUUCAACAAACUUUCUCUUUCAUCAUCUCAUGUUUGAAAUCUACCUGUGCGGAGGGCAUCUAUGCCUGACCUCUGCAGAAGCAUCCAAUUGCAUCAUGCUUGACAGGAGCGCGUGCUCAAUGGCAGGUAAGGGACCACCUCAUAACCAAGCACAUUUAGACCCUGCACGCACUACUUUUCAUCAAUUGACAAUCACUUCUUGCAACCUCUGUAAAUGUACUCACAGCUCAUUGGUUUGACUUCACUAUUGUAUUCAAGAGGACACAUCUUUGGAUCAGCUUCUGUCAGAUGUGAUUGUCAUUAUGGUCAGCUAUUUUAUUCUGCAAGCCGCCAACUCUUGCUUUUGUUACUAUGCUGUCUUACCUCGCCUUUUUCCUCACUCCAGCUACUGUUCACUACUCAUGGCUCUUUCGAAAUCGAAUCCAGCUACCCCAGUGGACGACCAGUCACAAGCUUGCUCGGCUGCGAGAGGCACCCUCAUUGCCACUAGGGACCCCCUUUCCUUUUGUUUUGUUUGCAUGGGUCUUAAACACUUUCAAGAAGCCAUAGAAUUACUGGAGAACUGUAGCCAUUGCUUGCUAAGAAGCUCUUGCAUAGGACACUCAAGGUGGCCAUUACUCAGAGCGUUGACUUGGGAUUGUCUGACUCGGACAGGAAAAAAGGUGACUCCAGGGGCCUCCUGCUAGCAACUGGAGAAAGGGUCGCCAUCACCCGAUCUCUGGAAGGAGCGGCCUCAGCAAAUGACCUCAUUCUCUGUAAUGCCUAUUAGGCUGUCCAAGCGUGCAGGCUCUCUGUGGUUCUCUCUCGGUGGUCUUGGAGAACACACUGUGUGUUAGCCUCGGCAAUGCCAUCGUGCUAAUGCAGCAGCGCUGAAACGAUAAGAAAAAGGAAGAUGACGCUUUCAAAUUUUGUCUUCCUAGGAAGCCCGCCCCAUGCCAGACACUCUCUGUUCAGCCUCCCAAGCCUCCCUGCUAUGAGACACCAUCCCCAUAAUGCAGGCAGGGCUCACAGACCCUGCAGUAAGUCACCGGUGAAGCAGAGUGAGCCUCCACCUGCUAAACCUUGGGGGAAAAUGUCCUUUGCCACUGCCGCUAAGGGUAUUUGUCAACAAUAUUUGUGAGAUACUACAGGCUUGAUGUUACCCACACCCCGGUAGCUCAUCCUGUUUUAGGUGUGGGUUCUUCGUAGUCUUGUGCCCUUAGACCCUCUACACCUUUUAAGCCUGGGUUGUCUACCUCGGCUUAUUAAUGUCAUUAAGCAGGUCAUCUGUACCCUCCCUUGACACAAAAUUACAUAUAUUUAUAUGUAUAGAAAUAUAUAUGUCAGUAUUUCUAUCAUUUAUUCCGUCAGCAUGAGGUGUGUUGUCAGGUUUUGUAUGCAUGUUAUCACAUGUCAUUUCUUUUAUGGCUGGUUUUCCAUUCUCACUUUGUGUGGGUUCUGACACUUGGUGAUAUGUCAAGCAGGACCUUUCUAGGUGACCAGUCUUUGACUUGCAGAGCCUCGCUGUGAGUGUACUGGGCAACCGGGGAGCUGUCUAUACCUCCCAUAGGUGGAUCUCAAACACAAGAUAAUGAAAGAGAACAGUAGGUUACUGUUUGUAACCCCAGUUCUCUGAAAUUUCGAGUUAAGAGAUCCACCAAGUUUGCCCGCUUGCUGCACGAGAAGCGAUUAUGCUCAGUGAGGAAAGGUAGCGUGUGCAGGGGCUUUAUGUGUUCGGUUAAGAGUCAGUCCAUCACCUGCCCUUGGGAACAAGCUCCUGUCUGUCAAAUCAGACUUAGUGCAAUUGGAUGCUUUUGUAGAGGUCAGACCUGGAUCCCUUCCCAUAGGUGGAUCUCUCCACUCAAUGUUUCCGAGAACUGGGGUUACGAACAGUAACCUAUUGUUUCUUUGCGAACGCUCCAUUAAACUGUGCCUUGUUUACAAAACAAAAUUCUCUGAAAAAAUGUAUAAUCCUCCAAUAUAAUCCAGGAUGCCAUUCAACAUAGACCAACCGCUUGUUUCUGAUGCUGGGAUCCUUCUGAUGUCUGUUCAAAGAUGUGAACGAGCUGUUUAAACCAACCGCAUCAAAGCAAACAUUCUUUCACUCUUGUCGUAUACAUUCUCAGAAAGUGAAUGCACUUCUGCAUCUCUAUAUUGUGUCCAGUGUAGAUAAGACAGCUAUAGUUAUUAUAAUGGGUUCUAUUUACUUUUGACAACAAUGCGACGCGACGCUGCAUCCAGUGUAUGCUAAUGUCUGCUGCUGUCUGCUAAGUGACGGAAUGCCAGUGGGCGGGGCCUAUUGUGAGAUGAUAACUACGUCUUGCUCUGGAAGGGGUGUAUAUGAAAAUGCCCUUGUGACUUAUAUUUGAUAAAAACAAGCUGUUUUGGGAGCUUGAUUAAAUAACUGCUUUGUUUAUAAUAAGGAGGACAUUUUAACCUAUGAAACUUUUAACCUACAGUAUGCACAAAGACAUCAAUAUCAAGGC